AUGGCUCUCGCCCAUGGAAUGCGCAAAGUUGGGGUGAUUGGUGCGGGUCAGAUGGGACUGGGCAUUGCAUUUGUGUCUGCGGUGCACGCAAAGGUGCCCGUGCUUCUGCACGAUCGGUCUGCGUCGCAAAUCAAGUCUGGCCUCGCACUCAUGGACAAGCUCCUUGGCAAGGACGUUAGCAAGGGGAAGAUGACUCAAGAAGCCGCCAACGAAGCGCGUGACCGUGUCACCGUGGUGGACGGGCUCACGGAUUUCAGGCAAGCCGACGUUGAUAUGGUGGUGGAGGCAGCAACCGAGAAUGUCGACCUGAAGACGAAGAUCUUUGGCUCUCUAGCCGCCGAACUCUCACCCAAAACAAUCCUCGCGUCCAACACCUCUUCCAUUAGUAUUACCAAGAUCGCAGCAUCCACUAUUCCAGAAGGCAAGACAGCCGCCCACCCCGAAGCCCAGCAGAGCACUUCGCGCGUCGUCGGCCUGCACUUCUUCAACCCGGUCCCAGUGAUGAAACUCGUGGAGCUGAUCGGCGCGGUGCAGACCUCACAGGAGACGCUGGACCGUGCGCGCGCGUUCGCGGUUGCUUGUGGCAAGGAGGUGACUUCUUCGCAAGACGUCCCUGGGUUCGUGGCGAACGCGUUGCUGAUGCCCUUCCUCAACGAGGCGAUCAUGUGCUUGGAGAAGGGUAUCGCAACACGUGACGACAUCGACAAGACUUUCCGAUUAGGUAUGGCGCACCCCAUGGGCCCUCUGCAACUUGGUGAUAUUGGCCUCGACACCUGCCUGGCGAUACAACGGACGCUCUACCAGGGUACGGGCGACUCAAAGUACCGCCCGAGCGUGCUCCUCGAGCGCAUGGUGGACGCGCAGUGGCUCGGGAAGAAGAGCGGCAAGGGCUUCUACGACUACCAGUAG